ACCGCUCCGACGCUGGCCAGUCGGGUUCGGUAAGCGUUCGGGAAGACGCGCGCGUGCGACAUAUACCGGUUGCAGCAGCAACAGCAGUAAGGAAAGCAAGGAUCCGUUCUCGUUCGCAAAGCAGACCAGAAUGAAACACCUCGGGCACGUUGACGGUUGUGUGCUGCAGCAGUAGUAGCAGGUCGUUCUGGGUUGAUUUUUGCGUGUGAAUGGUGAAACAAAACCCCGCUUGUGUGUUUGAUCCUUGUUUGUGUAUCUUGUGUCGAGAUAGUCUAGUCUCCUUACCACCUGCUGGUGUUGUAGGAAGGUCGUCCCGUUGUGGAAAGUGCGAGCGACAAUUUGUGUGCGCGUGCCAAGCAUUUGCCAUCUGACGGUGGCCGAAGGUUACAGCAGCAUCAUCCUCGAGGAAGUUACGUUUGUUGCUUGAUUGUUCUGCCGAGAGGCUCCAGUGAAGAGUGUGCGGUGGUUUUCUUUGAAUUUGCCCGUUGCCCUUGCCAACCCGUAAGAAGUAGCAAGGGAAUCGUUGAAAGUUUGGAGGGCUUUUUCCUUUUUCUUCUUUUUUUCCCUCCUGCCGGAGUUGUGUGCGAUUGUGAUGAUGGUGUUGAGAUUUAGUGGCAGGGAGUCGAUAGACGUGCCUGAAGGACAGGAACAUUUCUGCGCCGUUCUGGGGUAAGGUGAAAGCCGUUCCGGGCAGGUGUUCUAAGAGUGAGACGUACAAAUUCAUCCUGGAUGACGGUGUUUCUGAGUGAUGAGUGUGGAUGUCCGAGUGAUGCUCAGUGUGCAAUGUCCCAUAGUCUAUUGGAUCAUGGCAACCGUAGGCCACAGUGCCAGCAGCAGCGUAGUGUUGUUUUUCGUGUGCUAAUGAAGUACGCAUAGUGAAAUAUCGCAAAAAUAGUGUAAAAGUUAACGUUAAGGAAUCUGACAGACCGCAGCGAUGCGUGCCGUGCUGUCUCUAUUUAUUUAAUUUAUUGCAACUAUUUAUGCAAACGUACAAGCUAUCCAAGUGAAGUCGUGAUAUCUCUUCGACAUAACUCUCCGAAGCGAAGGAAGUAUCUAGCAUAACCCCCGGAGGCAAUGAUGGCUAUCAGACAACGUACCGAUCCGGCCGGAAGUACUCGAGCUCGAGGAGCGGCCCGUUGGCAUUCGACGGCAAGAAUUCGGUCACUGGUGCUACCGCUGCUACCACUUGUGCUGGGAUGCUGUUGCAUCACCUUAGCUCACGGUGCCAUGGAAGAGAUGAUGAUAGCCCCCAUAGAAGUAAUCGAGGAAUGGGGCUGCUAUGACACCGAAAUACGGCUGACGUGUGGGAAUCUCGAGUCGAAAAUAGCGAUCCUGGAGGCACGGUUCACGCCCCGGUGCAUGGAGCAGCGUACCGAGAACUGCGUCUACAUGGACGAACACAGCGUUGCCCAUCCGUUCGCCUCGCAAAAGGUGGACAAGCUGAUCCUGGAGGAAACGGAAGCCGGAAGGCGCUUCCUCGCCACACUGCGGCGCAACCACGAGCGGGAACAGGAGCAGGAAGCGCCCGAGGACGGCGAACCCGGUACGCGCGAGCUGACAGCGGGCGGUACGAACCGGCGCGAAGGGGCCACGCUGGUCGCCUCCCGCUCGCUGGCCAAAGACAAGCGCAGCUCGCUGCGGGCUACGCUCGAGCACCUGAUAGUGCGCUAUCUGCGCCGGCUUACCAGCGACGACGACGCGGACGGGGACGAUGGGGGCGAAGAGCGGGGCGGGUACGAGGUAGCUGCUCGCUACCGAAGACAAUCGCUUCCGGCGACCGACUCCGGCAGCGUGGGAAACACCCACCGCGUGCCGGACGCGGCCAGCAGCACUUCCAGUCCACCGGCGGGCGGAUUCUUCAACUCAAUGGAAAUUACACUGCUCACCAACGAUACGGACACGAACCUGACCGACGGGUGGGACUCGGCCGAGCGGUGGGAGGCGGAUCGUACGGCAAGCCAGCCGCUGGACGGUGGCAGUGCGCCACAGCUGACAGCUGGGGCCGGAGCCGCCGCAGAAGGAUAUGGAUUUUCCGGUCCGUCGGUGUCCGAGCUAGUGGGGGCGCGUGUUGCAGGGGAUGGGAUAGUGGCGGGCGGUGCAAGUGUUAGUGAGGCGCACGGUACGACCGGUGGCAGUGGUGAUGAUGCUGCCAGUGCUAAUGGGGAGAGUGAGUUUCGCGAUAAUGGCGAUGAGGUGGAAUAUAAUCUCCCGAUCGGUGGUAGUGCGCCGGUCGGUGGGGAGAUGGGUGAGCUGAGGCAGCAGCGAAAAAAGCAGGAAAAACCGAAGGGCCGCCGGGGCGGUGAGUGUGACAGCGUGCGGAAGCGGGUAUCGCAGCUGGAUCGGUUCGAGCUGGAGCGGUCGAUGCGCAAUGGCUCCUUCCGGGAGUACAACAUCCGGAAUGCACUCAACUACCGAUGUUCCGGCAAGAACCACUGCAGCUUCAUCUUCUCGCAGGAUCACCCGUUUGCCGUCGUCUGGAAGGAGGGCACGGUGCGCAUCAAGUACAUCUGCAUGGACGACUUUCGCAUCAGCAAGUACUGCGGUGAGCAUCUGAUCGUCGGCAACGAGGUCCACUGGGAGCCGCUGGACGGCGACACGGACGAGGACUCUGGAGGCGACGGAGGCACCAUUGCCGAAACGUCGUACCACCCGGAGACGGCCUUCGGAAGUUCGGAACCACCAGCGGCCGGGGAUGGUGGUGGUGGUAUCGCUAAUGGAGCCGCUAAUGAUGCGCCCGGCCCAGGCUCAGCAGAGCCGUCCCCCGAACGGAACGAGGGCGGGGAAGAUUUGCGAGACGACGAUGAAUCUUUGGCGGUGCUCAGUGAGGGACGCGCUGGGUCCCCGUACCGUCGAUUGGUCAGAGCCGGUGCCGCGGUAGGAGAACCGCGUGCCGAAGCGCUCCAGGCGGCCACGAUACAUUCGUUUCACAAUUUGAAAAUCCUUAAACCCGUCGACGACGAGGAGGCUGAGGAGGAGCAGCAAGGUGGUGUGUACGAGCAGCGGCAGCAACAGCAUCAAAAGCACCAGGACCAGCAGCAGCAGCAGCAGCAGCAUCGGUACAACGACACUGAAAUGGAUCGCAAUCAGCAGGAGACCGAUGGGGCGACGGCAACCCGCAACCGGAACCGCCAGCGGCAGAAAGUUUUCUCCCAGGACUUUCGAGUGCUGAAAAUUCUACCCUCCAAUCUGGACGUGGUGGAGGACAUCAAGCAGAUUGGCAACGAGUACUACUUCAAGAAGGACGUCGAGGUCGUGGUGGACGAUAGCGAGAACGAAAUCGUCGAUAGCGAAGGCGGCAGAAGAAAGGCCGAGCCGAACCAGCCGACAGUGAACUCUGCCGCCACCGCAACGACCGAAAUGACGGAAACGCUAGACAUCGUGGUGCUGCCCGCCCCGACGAAGGACAUCGAAAUUUAUGACAACGAGCUGCUGGAGCCCGACAGCGAGGGCUUGCCGAGCGCACGGCCGGAAGAUGAUAUCAGCGUAAUUGGUUUGAUAACGCCAACGCGACCAGCGGUCACUACUUCAUCCAUGACAGCUGCAUCCGGCGGCGGCAGCAGCACCACCACACCGUCACCAGCGACCGUACCGGUAAGCGUCGAAACUACGCUCGGACAUUGGGACGUCGAUCGGUUGGAUUUGCCGGAAUCGGCGGAAGAAAACCGGACCAACUUGGCUGCUGGAGUGGACGAAAGCACUCCACCAUCGUCGCCACCGUUCAGCUUCAACAAUCGCACGUUCCAGACGAUACAGGAAACGGUGCGGCAAGAGUUUGGUGAGAGUCAGGGCCCGUUCCCGCCGCUCGGUGGUAACUAUGACGAAGAGGAGGAGGAAGAGGAGGAGGAGGACGAUUUCGAUGACGACGAUGAGGCUGAUGAGGGGCGAUAUCGGGGAAGGGGCGGUAUCAGGACCUAUGAUGCGGAUGGACGACGGCGGCUCGACAAGUCACACAAAAAGUACAUGAGCGUGCAGCGGACAUUGCUGAAGCAUCCACUGCGCCAGGGCUUCCUGAUGACGCCGAGCUAUCCGAAGUACUACAUCGGGGACAGUACCUGCCGGUGGACGCUCUACGCUGGAGUGCAUCAAAGGAUUAAGCUGACCGUGCUGGACCUAGCACUACGCUACGACGAAGAGUGUCGAGAUUAUCUGCAAGUAGUCGAUCUCAACACGAACCAGACGCUCUUUCACAGCUGCACCGAGAGCAGCCGUCCGAUCGAGAUCGUCAGCAUACAGGAACGCCUAGAGGUUUCUGUGCGAACGACAACCAAAGUGAUCUAUCCCAAGCGGGGUGUCCUGAUACAUUAUACAGCGCUGGGCUGCGAACUACCAUCACCCACGCCCGGGCAUAUGCGGCUGGUGCGAAGAACCGAACAUCGCGUCAAGUACGUCUGUGAUCCGUUGCACGUCUUUCCCGACAGUGGCGAAACCGUCCGCGAGCUGAUCUGCACAGCGAGGCACACCUGGCACCGACCCCUUCCGGCCUGCAUAGAAAAAAGAGCUACCGAAGGCAGCGGUCUUGUGUCACAUUACGAGCAGAAGCGCAGAUACGGCGAUAGUGACAACAUGUCGGAUAAGCAGGCGGACACUGUUUACGAUAUUCUCAUUCCCUCGCUCAUCAUCGCGGGCCUAUUUGUUGUUAAUGGCAUCGUGUUUGCGGUCAUCAUGCGGUACCGCAACAAGAGAAAACAGCGCCUUGAUCUAGAGAGUAAGGAACUGGCCGAACUGUAAGAGUGUGUGUGUGAGUGUGUGAGUGUGUAUCGUGCCCCAAACAUCCCAAAGACCCUUCCACACCACACCCUGCAUCAUCUCUUCGCCAACAAACCGGGGGAGAGGGGUGGGGACCGUUGUGGCCAAAACGGAAGCAUGCAUGGCCUGAUGAUACACUACACCUACACUUGGUUGGUGCGUUGUUUUGCAUGAGAAGUGCUUGUUGCAGCGAGUGGAAAUGCCACGGCCUACCACAGACAUGCACCGGCUGAGCCGUACACAUUGCUCAUGUUUCCGCUUUUCACAAUCAUUCGCCAAGAUCGCGAGCUCGCGCGCGCCAUACAUAUAUCAUCGCCCCUUCUUUUGCUCGGUUAGAACAUUUGUUUUCUCUGUGACACGUCAUUAUGUUAUGUUUCAGUUUUAAGCGUGUUAUAAAAGUGCGUGUUUCGAAUUAAGAGGAAAUUGUAAAUUCGUUUAUUUAACUUUUUUCCGGGGCGGGGGGGUGGUCAUCAGCUGAGUGACACCGAUACCACCAUCGUCCGCACAACACCGGCACAGCGCCUCCAAAGCUAGAUGGUGAAACACUAGGAAUGGUGUGUAGAGUACGCGCGUGCUGAACGACGUCACCCGAAGAGAAAAGCUCAGCCGUUAGGAUUCAAACAUUCAAAAACAGGAUAACAUCCGGAAGUGAUGUUUUUAGGCUAAUUUUGUGUGUGCUGGCGGAGUACAGUGCACAUCUGGGACGUCAUUCAUUCACAUUCAUUCAUUGAUUCGCUCAUCAACACGAGAGACUAAGAAGAUGAUUGUUUCUUUUUUGGUGGAAAAUAACGAACAAAUAGAAGCAGAUUGCUAAUAGCGCCAUUACCUUGAUAUAUGUGGGCCAGCCACGUUUAACAAUUGUGCACCGAAAACAAAACGAAAGUGAAUAAAUCUUUUACUGCACGCUUUUACAAGCUUUUUUCCGAGACCGUUUAUACUAAAAUAUUUAGUGUGGAUGGAACGCUUGGCUGAUGAUGGAGGCCGAGAAGAAGGGCGGCAGGGGUUUACACAUUGGGGAAUGGCUUAGGUUGUGGCAGUAAGAGAAGCGUAGAGCACAACCUGCACUGUUGUACAGUUGAAAGUGGAUUGAUGAGAGCGAAACAGAAUUAUUGAUUGUGCACAGCAGCAGCAACGAACAAAACAAAGUGGAAUGGAUGGUGGACAUUGAACAAAACAAAAGAAAAAAAGAUACUCCGAUGCAAGACUGUAAAGUAGCUGAGACGAGAGAGGGAGAGAACAUUUAGGAUUUGCUGUAGAGUAGCAGGUGCAAAAAGGAAUUAUAAACAGUAGAUGUCGCUUUUUUGCAGACAUGGCACAGGAUUCAUUAGGGCUUAAACUUGGUCACUUGUGAAGCAAAACAAAAAACAAAAAAAAAACAUGGCAAGAUUAUAGUUCAAGCAGGUUGAUUUGUGGUUCCGGAGAAGAAGAAAAUCACCAAAACUCAAUUAACCGUAAGCUACGUUUCAUCCAGAAGCCACCAACAGCCAUCCCCGUUAGUAGAUUGUACAUUUAAAGUACACAUACACACACACACACACACGACUUGAAAACCACCGCUACCGUAAAUGGCACCCGGCGGCGGGCGCAGAUUGCAAAAGCAAAAAAAAGAAUGCACCACACCUUGAGACAUGCGGCAACAAACAAUUGCUAUGCCAAAGAUUAGAAUUAACAAAACACUCCACACACACAAACAGACACACAGAUAGAGCGGAGAAGAAGAGGGGAAAACAGCAGCUUAAUGUGAAAAACACAUGACAAAAGAUUGAUGUUUGCUCCCCACAAAGCAGAGCCAUAUUAUUUUGAGCUUCUUCUCGCCAACCGAACCUGCAAUAGAGUAUGUAAAAAAACAACGGUGGACCAAACUCCUCCCCAUGCCCCGCCACUAAAGAAAACCCCCAUAAUAGCCGGUCUUUUACUUUAGCUUCCUUUUACCGCUUCUGUUCCUGUUCUGAUGGAAGACAUGGUUCGCACUGAUUCGUUGGCCAAACGCAAGAAAACACAGAAAUACAGAGAAACAAUUGCAAAUGCAUAUCAUAUGAAUUCUGCUGCUUGUAAUGCAACAAAACAAACACGCGAUGUGAUAGGAGACGGACGCGGACACACCCGGGUACACCCGUGACGUGUUAGCGUAGCAAAGAAAAAAGAAAAAACAAAAAUAAAUACACACAUAUUUUGCUAUACUGCAUUUAUCUUUCCUUCCUUCCCGCGCGCGCCGGGACGCUAAACGCGCCCCCGGUUAAAUCCCCGGUUGAAAUAUAUUAUAAAUAUAAGGCUAGCGCGUACCCCAGAGGCAAAUGAUGCAAACCUCCUACACAAAACACACACCGAUAAACACAAAGAUACGCUCUCUAACGCAAAAAACCACAUGUCCCCCCCCUUGAUCGACUUAAUAAUCAAUUUUGAAAUUUCGCUUCUUAAGCACCUGAGACAGAGAGAACGGAAAUGAAAGUUAUGACACAAAGUCCUCCACCCUCACAAAUACACAGAGAAAGUACAUACAAACAAAAAAAGUUCCCACUGACACACUGAAUCAAUUAACAGUACAGGAUAGUUAUAAAGAACCGGAGAAGAUAAGCGACAAGAAAACACUGAAAAAGACCGUUAUAAACAAAAAUCAAUCCACUUCCGGCAGGGUUGCUGUAGUGGGUGGAUGGCGGCCAACCCCGGUUGACUAUGUGAAAGCCAUACCGUAAAGAGUGGAAUGGAAGGAAGCGGAGAAGAUGGCAAGAAAAAUGCUAUAUAAAGUAAAACUAUUAAACGAAAGUGAA